AUGUCACACACCAUCCCAACCCUCAAGAGGGACUCCACAAGAAACCUCUGCGACCAGUUUACAAACAUCUUUUACGACGAUGUCAACCCUACCCUCGCAUCGUCCAUCGACAUCGCCCUCUCCCUCUCAAUCUCCCUUGCCGUCAAUGCGUCAAAGUCAUCCUCUUCUUCCUCUCCACUUGACCCACCUUCCGCUGCCGAAUACCCUUCGCCUGCUCCUUCCUCCCAAUAUUCCGACGACUCUCUCCUCCUCGACUCCCUCAGUCCCCCUUCCUCCCCCUGGUUUCCCUCGCUCCCAUCGUCGACCGAUGCUGCCUCCAAGGACCAUACCCAGACCUCCGAUAAUGAUGCUGCCGCUCCUGCUGACGAGGAGGUCGACUUCUUCCGCAACCCCUUCUAUCGCAGUCUUCAUGGUCAAGACCAUCAGGGCACAGGCAGUGUCCACCCGCAGUCGUUGUUUAUCCAGCCCAUUAAAAGAGUCUCUCUGCCGCUGGCGGUCAAGAGUGCUCAGCUCAGAUCAAACUCCGGCCAAGUCAGCCAGACUGCCGCACCUUCGGACCUCUUUAAUGUCUCGCUCGACCAGAUCCUCUCCGCAGAACCUUUGAAUCUUUCGAUGGAAACUCAGCAGCUUUUGUUGUCAGCCAUCGAAGGAGCUUUUACGAGUUCCCAAGAGGAGGAAGGGGGUGAUAAGCAACAACAAGGAAACUUGUCACAGGAGGAAUCUGAUAUGGUGGAGGACACUUUGACGUCAGGAUCCCUCUCUGCACCGGAAAGCGACGAAGAUGACGAGUUUGAAGCGAUGGCGCGUGCUGAACAUGGACAACUCGAAUCGGAUUGUGGCGAUCACUCAGACCCGGACUACCGCGAGUCUACUCGUGUCAAGCAGAAAAUGAACCGAUCGGUUGCGGUGACCAAGAAGACUCCUCGCGGUGGUGCCUCCACAACCGGCAAGGCUCCUCGUGCCAGAAAAGGAACCUACAAGCGCAGCCUCAAAGUAUACCCCCAACGUCGGCCCAAGUCCCUCAUCAAGCAGGAGGAGCUUGACGAGAACGAUGUCGAGAUCAAGAACGAGCUCGCGAAGGAUCAGGGUAUCUUGCUUCCUGGAGGAUUCAAGUUGCCGUUGGACAAGGACGGGUACCUGUGCGAGUUUUGUCCAAAGGAGCGGUUUGGACGCGUGCAUGAUCUGAAGAGACAUCAGAUCUCGAAGCACAACGAGCGGACCUGGCCCUGCGACUUUUGUCACCGUCCCUUUGUCCGUCGCGAUGCGUUGCUCCGACACUAUGCUGUCAAGACGGCCCGUAAGGAUGGAGUGCACCCUACUGCUGAGGAUGUCGACCGAUUGUCUGAGGCUCGAGCCCGUGCUCGACUUAUCUAG